AUGUCUGUGCAUCCUGUGGGUAUAUGCCCGAGAGUGUUCCUGCUAUGCCUUGAGGUGGAUCCACUUCCACUUUUUCUGAGAAAUGCUUAUCCAGACUUCCACAGUGGCAGUACAAGUUUGUUUGUGCUCCCACCAGCCCUGGAGCAGUGCUCCCCUUACUCCAAAACCUCUCCACCGUUAACCUUCAAAGGACCACAAGCAGAGAGGUCCGGGGACAUGGCAGCCCAGUGCCAGAGCUGGGGCUACACAGAAAUCAGCUUCCAGGAAUUCUGCUACAGUUGGACCAUAAGCGACUUCCGUUCUUUCCUGCGGGAAAGCAUCGACGCCGUUAAAAGCCCAACCUUCUCAUCGGCGGCCAGUGACAAAGGGCGAUGGUGUCUGAAAUUACACCUGAACGGGGUCGAUGAAGAAAGCGAGGGAUACUUGUCGGUUUACCUAGCAUUGCUCAGCUGCCCAAAGAGCCCCGUAUGGGCAAAAUUCCACUUCUGGAUCAUCAAUUCCGAAGGAGAGCAAACCCAAGGCAUGAAGAGCCCAAGAUUCUUGAGGUUCCUGCAAAAUCAACACUGGGGAUUCAAAAAGUUCAUCCUUCGAGAUUUCCUCCUGUCCUGGGAGCCUUGGCUCCUUGAAGACAAUGAGCUGAGCCUCCGAUGCCAGGUGACUGUGGUCCAAGACUCCUUCGACAUCCCUGGCGAGGGCACGAAGCCAGAGGUCCAGAUGCCGAGGUGCACGUUGGCAGAUGAGCUAGGAGAGCUGUGGGAGAAGUCCCUCUUCACAGACUGCUGCCUGGUGGUAGCUGGCCAGGAGUUCUGGGCUCACAAGGCCAUCUUAGCAGCUCGCUCUGCGGUUUUCAGAGCCAUGUUUCAACGUGACUCGGAGGAGAGUAGAACAAACCGCCUUGAGAUCCAUGAUCUGGAGCCCCAAGUCUUCGAGGCAAUGAUGGGCUUCAUUUACACCGGGAAGGCACCAGCCCUCCACAGCAUGGCAGAUGCUGUGCUGCCAGCUGCUGACAAGUACGGCCUGGCGCGCUUGAAGGUCAUGUGCGAGGAUGCCUUGUGCAGGGACCUCUGUGUGGAGAAUGCUGCCCACACUCUCGUCCUGGCUGACCUGCACACUGCAGGGCAGCUGAAAACCCAGGCACUGGAUUUCAUUACAGCGCAUGCUUCCGAGGUCUCUGAGACGUCAAGCUGGAAGACAUUGGUGGGCUCAUUUCCCCAUUUGGUGGCUGAAGCAUACAGCUCCCUGGCUUCUGCUCACUGUUCUUCACUGGAACCCCCUCCGAAACGCCUCAAGCAAACUUAG